AUGGUAGUGAAUACACUCAGAUACUGCUUCUUUGCCAUUCCGAUUCUCAGUCUUUCACUCCCAUUUGUUUUCUACACCGUUAAUGCGCAUGCACAAAAAUAUCUUAUGAGGCUGAACUUCUCAGUGAGUUCAAUUUUAAUAGAAGCCUGUAAAGCACUUUGUGAAGACAAGGUGUCCUUUCUCAAGGAAAAUGCUUUAAAAAUCGGAGAAUCCAAUUGCACAGAGUACAUAACACAGAACCACUACAUCACCUGUGCCCUCUCGGCUGAGGAGGCUGUGUUCCUUGUUGCCUACAUCAUGACACUGCACAAAGAGUUCAAGACCUUCAAGCGGCUCUUCAGGGAGCUGUACAUGCCUCAAAAUGUCUGCUGCGUCCACAUGGAUGCCAAGUCACCAUUUCUCUUCUGGUGGAUGCUGCUGCAGCACCUGAUGAGCUGCUUUGCCAAUACCUUUCUCGCCUCCCAGGCAGAAAUGAAGGUCUGUGGUAGCAUCUCCCAGCUGCGGGCUGACCUUCACUGCACGAGAGACUUUCUGGCCUUGUCUGUGCCCUGUGGUGGUAGGACAGGGGGGAAAUGGCUUUAA